AUGGUCAAAAGGGGCAGACCGAGACAACGCAUCCGCGGCUCUGCCGGAGCAUCCCGCCCCCACCUCGCCCACGCAUGCGCGUCUCACCUGCGGAAGGUGACAGGGGGCGGGGUAGGGGGCGGGACAGAGGUGCGCAGGCGCGGCGCGGGCAUUGUGACGUCAGGCCCCGCGGCCCUGCUUGGACCAGGCGGCGGCUCGCGGAGGCGCUUCCCGGAGUGUGACGCGCGGACUACCCUCCCCGCCGCCCGCCCGCCCCCGACCUCGCCACCGCCUCCCUCGCUCCCUCAGUGCGCCGAGCGCGGCCCAGCGGCCGGGGCGGAGGCCCGGGGGCGACGCGGCGCCGAGAGGGCGGGCGGGCUUCGGAGCUCCGGGCGGUCCGGGUCCGUGGCCGGUCGGUGCGCGGCGGGUGGGCGGCGGGCGCCGGUCUAUAUGGCGGCUGCUCUGUCGGGCCUGGCUGUCCGCCUCUCGCGCUCGGCCGCCGCCCGCUCCUAUGGGGUCUUCUGCAAGGGGCUGACCCGCACCCUGCUCAUCUUUUUCGACCUGGCCUGGCGGCUGCGCAUCAACUUCCCCUACCUCUACAUCGUGGCUUCCAUGAUGCUCAACGUCCGCUUGCAGGUUCAUAUUGAGAUCCACUGAAGGCCUUCCGCUGACUGACAAAGGCACGUCGUCAGGCUCACCACAUCAGAGAAUACACAGCAUGAGGGACACCUGCCUCGGGAAGGUGCAGGCAGCGGGAGAGGACUCAGACCGGCUGCUGUAU